ACUUAUUCAGAAUUCCAGAAAGAUGGCGGCGGCGCCUUCAGAUGAGGCUAGCCUGCAGUCUCGCAUCAACAAGGCCACCAAUCCUCUAAACAAGGAGACUGACUGGGACAGUAUCAAGGGAUUUUGUGAUCAGCUCGACAAUGAACCAGAUGGGCCUCAGCUUGCAACCAGACUUCUGGCCCACAAAGUCCAGUCUCCACAAGAGUGGGAGGCGAUGCAAGCGCUUACGGUUCUUGAGACGUGUAUGAAGAACUGUGGAAAGAGCUUUCAUGGUGAAGUGGGAAAGUUUCGCUUUCUUAAUGAGCUUAUCAAGGUGGUCUCACCCAAGUACUUAGGAACCCGGGCUCCGGAGGCAGUGAAGAAGAAGGUUUUAGAAAUGAUGUAUAGCUGGACUGUGAAGCUCCCAGAUGAGACAAAAAUAGCAGAAGCUUAUCACAUGCUGAAAAAACAGGGUAUUGUCAAGCAAGAUCCUGUGCUUCCCGAUGACAAGCCCCUACCACCCCCUCCACCCAGAGCCAAAAGUGCCAUCUUUGAGGAUGAGGAGAAAUCCAAGAUGUUGUCUCGCUUAUUGAACAGCACCCAGCCUGAUGAUUUAAGAGCAGCAAACAAGCUCAUUAAGGAAAUGGUUCAAGAGGAUCAAAAGCGAGUGGAAAAGGUAUCAAAGCGAGUAAACGCCAUCCAGGAAGUGAAGGAGAGUGUGAGCCUGCUGAGCCAGCUGCUGGAUGGUUACAACAAGGAGAGCUGCUCCCACAGCAACCAGGAGCUCAUUAAGGAUCUUUAUCAGCGCUGUGAAAAGAUGAGGCCUACGCUAUUCAGACUGGCGAGUGACACAGAGGACAAUGAUGAAGCUUUAGCGGAUAUCCUGCAGGCAAAUGACAGCUUGACGCAGGUCAUCAAUCUGUACAGGCAGCUUGUAAAAGGUGAGGAGGUGACUAAUGAGGGCGUAACCAUGCCUUUACAAGCAGACUCAAAAUCUGGCAGAAGUUCAGCACUUGUAGAUCUGAGUGGACUUAAUGUUUCAGCCAAAACAGAACCGUCCAACUCAGAGUUUUCUGGCCUACAGGCUCUGACUCAGAAUGUGGGCUUGAGCCUUCUGGAUGAUGAGCUCAUGUCUCUGGGACUGAACGUAACAGAAAACUGUGACUCCAACAUCAUCCCUCAGUCAUUAGAUGCCGCAGAGUUGUCUGCUCCACCUGCGCCAGCUGCAGUGUUGCUGCCAGCAAUAACUCAAACAGCACAGGCUCCACCAGUAGGGUGGGGCUCUGCUGCUCCUAAAGCCAUGGAAGAGCUGGACUUGCUGGGAAAGACGUUGUUACAACAGUCUUUACCUCCAGAGAGUCAGCAGGUCAAAUGGGAUAAGCUUCAGCCUCAGUCUAGAGUCACUUUACGAGAUCUCCAGACCAAAUCCAGCACCAGCUGUAAGGUUGUUCCCCCUGCAGCCGUCACCAGCACCCCUCCUGCUCCUGCUCCAGGGCCAAUGGCCAGCCUGAUCAUCCAUUCAGAGCAGCCUGAUGCCCUCCUACUCUCCAGUCUUAGUCUUGCUGAGAAAAGCUCAUUAGCGGUUGCUGACACCUACGACAGCAUCUCUCUGGCAGACAUCACAGUGCCCCUGGAAUCAAUCAAACCGAGCAGCUUGUUACCAGUGACUGUAUUCGACAAACACAGUCUCCGGGUUUUGUUCACCUUUGCACGUGACUGUCCUCCAUCAAGACCCGAUGUGCUGGUGGUGAUCAUCUCCAUGCUCUCCUCAGCCCCCAUUCCUGUCACCAACAUCCGUUUCCAGGCAGCUGUGCCAAAAGUGAUGAAGGUAAAGCUGCAGCCUCCCUCCAGUACUGAGCUCCCAGCUUUCAAUCCCAUCAUGCCUCCGGCUGCCAUCACACAGAUUUUGCUGUUGGCUAACCCUCACAAGGAAAAGGUGCGUUUGCGGUUCAAACUAACUUUCAAUCUGGGAGACAAGUUUCACGAUGAAUCCGGUGAUGUCGAUCAGUUCCCGCCUCCGAGCACUUGGGGGAACCUUUAGAGAGAACCGUGAUCCCAUCAUCUGAUCUGCUGCUUCCUUUAAAUUUAGGUUGGAGUUGUCCUGCAGUGCUGUCUGAAGCAACAUGGCCUCCUUACACUCUUUUCUGGAAAUACAGACAUGAGAGCAAUUGUGGAAACCAGUUUACCUUGUGCCUUCUUAUUUGAUCACAUCCAUGUUGCAGAGUGGUGUUGCUACUUUCUCCUUCUCCAUCAAUCAGUCCAGUGCAUCAUAUGAAGCCAACAAGUUGAGCCUUUUAAAAGAUGAAUGUGAUUUUUUUUUUCUUUGUAGAUGUCUCAAAGCAAGUCUCAUGUUAUAUGCAUUUUCUUUCUUUUAAAGAAAAAAAAAAUCAGCUGCUCAUUCUGUGGCAGGUUUCUCAUAAAUUCCUACUCUGGGACUCAAAAUUGUGCACAAUUAGCUGCACAUUGGAGCUGUCACAGUUUGCAUGUCAAGUGUUUAUCAGAACAGUUGCAAAAGAUCAUUUUCCUUCAACCCAUUAAUACAGUAAAAGUCAGUGAGCUAAAUAUUUAAUAGUAUUUUUAAGUCUAAACAUACGAAAUGGAGUAGUUAGUCUUGAAUCAUAAUUGAAAUUAAUUCCUGAACCGUGAAAACAUUUUCACAAAAAGGUGCAAAAAUCGCAUGUUCUACUUGCAAACAUCCGCUUUGAGUGCAAACUGGUGUUGUUAUGAAACGCAUCCAGACAAAAUGAAAGUAAAGAUACAGUCAACUCCCAAAUUUGAAACCACUGAAGUGGGUUUCCUUUGACUCAGAUCGGUUCAGAUUAUGGGAAGUUGAUGUGAAAUGCUGUAACCAAACUGUCCAGGAAGCACACACAUUGAACCUGAGCACGAUUUUUAAGCCCUGCUCAGGUUUUAUUUCCGUAUAUUUGGAUAAUCUGCAGUGGAGACAGUGUGUUUGUGUUAAAGCUGCAACAGCAGGGUUUUCUACCGUGGGUGCGUUGGCUUGACACAGCUGGAAAAGUGCAAGUGCUAAUUAUGUCUGCAAUAGCUUUGACAUACUGAGCCGGUAUACUGGAUACCAGAACCCUGAAACUGAACCAGCUAAGUGGAUUUUAGUUAACUCUAUUUGCACCUGUGCUGCUUCUCCUGUGACAUAUCAAAAGGCUUACAAAAGCCACUUUAUCCCCUAAAUUAUGAUUUCUAUCUUUCUGCACUUUUGUACUUUUUCAAAACAUUUUUAUAUUGUUUCAUUCAGGAUGUUUUUACUUUUGCAGUUUAAACUUUCAUGCACUUACUUUGUUUCUAUUUUGCACAUGAAAUCAUUUCUUCUGUCUCGUCUUGUCAUUCUCUGUCUGACCAGAAGAGGGACACUUUAUGUCCUGAGCCGACAUCCAUACAUCAGGUUUCAUUUGACCACUGUGCCUGGGAUUUGAUUUUUUUUUUUUUUUUGCUUUGUGUAUAUAAUGUGUACAAUUGAGUAUUGUUUUCACUUCAUGGAAAACAGACUCACAAAAUGUUAAAAAAAAUCUAAUAUCUACAAACAUUUAAGUUCGUUUCAAUUCUGUUUGAUUACAGCUGAAUUAUAAUUUUAAAUCGAUGGAGUAUCCUGUGAUUAUGGGGAAUGGAUUCUAUUAAACUGUACGCUUACUUGAAAGCAUGUUUAGUUUCAUCUGGUACAUUAGCCCAUAUAAAAAUUUGAUUAGACAAACACACAUUAAGCUGUUAUAGAUGCUAUGAAUGAACAGUUAUGCGUGUGUUGUCUUGGACAGGCAGUGAGAAAUAAUAAAAGCUAUAAAUCAUU